AGACCGAGUAGUUGACUCUCGGAGGAGUUUCACAGGUGGAAGUAACCUUGCUUCCUUCGGUGGCGUGAAGAUUACAGUCGAUAGUACCAUGUACAGUUUAGUUUUGAAAUUGAAAAGAAACAGAAAAUGAUGUUCCGCAGCGGUCGCCUGAACCGGCAGAUCUUGUUUUCCCGAACGAAAUUCCCGCUGUCCAACCGCUUGACGACCAGCAUUGCCCCGAACAGUUUACGAUCAAGCGGGAAGAUCUAUGGAUCCCGCAGCGCCUGGUCUAGACAGCAUCUGGAAGCGUACUUGGCCGAGAAGAGCCAGAGAACUACGACAAUAACUGGCGAAGCAGCUGCGGUUUCUUCUGCAACAGCAGGAACAAUGCAGACCUCAUCCUCCUCCGCAACAAGAACCGCCGCGGUUCUGCCGCAUGCAGGAGCGUUUCAUCUUCCCUCGGCACUUGCAGGGAGUUCGACGUCUUCAUCUCGCGUGAUGAAAAUUAUACCUCCAGCUGGAAAAAUGACCACCGUCCUAACCAGCCUUUUCAACUUCAAGCUGCUCGCGGAGCACGUCCGCGGCAUCGGCCGUCCUCUGAUGUGGCUGGUCAUGACGGUGUCCUGGACCUGCGGCACCUUCUAUUACAUGCUGUUGUUCGAGGAGUGGGGCCGGGAGGAGCAGUAUAAAGCGGUACCAAAGGACAUCAAGAGCCAAAAGCAAAGGCUGUGUACGCAGCUCCAAAGUAGUUGCUUGGCCAUGCAGGCCACGGGACAGGAGGUGGUCACGUGGUGUAAACAGUGCUUGGCCGCGUGGACGAGUUGAUAGAAACGAACCUCUGGGAAGAUCAAAUGGCAUUUUGCAUCAGUGUCCCUGUCCGUGCUUUGUUGAACGCAUGAAU